AUGGAAGCAGAGCAGAGCAGCGGCAGCGGCUUGUCCGUGCAGACCGGCAGCAGCGACGGCGGCGGAAAUAGCGACGGGGACGGGGGUCUGAAAGCCCCCAAGCAUCUGUGGCGGCAUGAGCAGCACUACCCUUCGCAGCUGCGGCAGCACCAGUUUCUCCAGCACCAGCAGACCCCCGGCCCGCCGCCGCCGUCCUCUUCGCGUGGCCGCUGCCUGGCCAGCGCUCGCGUCAGGCACCGCGGCUAUUCCGACACGGAGCGGUACCUCUAUUGCCGAGCCAUGGACCGCGCCUCUUAUGCCGUAGAGACCAGCCACCGGCCCGGCUUGAAGAAAUCGCGGAUGUCCUGGCCCUCCUCUUUCCAGGGCCUCAGACGUUUUGAUGUAGACAAUGGUACAUCAUCGGGACGAAGUCCCUUGGAUCCCAUGACAAGCCCUGGAUCAGGGCUAAUUCUUCAGGCAAAUUUUGUCCACAGUCAACGCAGGGAGUCUUUCCUUUACCGGUCAGACAGUGACUAUGACCUGUCUCCAAAGUCCAUGUCCAGGAACUCCUCCAUUGCCAGUGAUAUACAUGGAGAUGACUUGAUUGUGACGCCAUUUGCCCAGGUGCUGGCGAGCCUGCGUACCGUACGGAAUAACUUUGCCGCAUUAACCAAUUUACAAGAUCGGGCACCCAGCAAACGUUCACCAAUGUGUAACCAACCAUCUAUUAACAAAGCAAGCUUGACAGAGGAGGCCUACCAAAAACUGGCCAGCGAGACCCUGGAGGAGCUGGACUGGUGCCUCGACCAGCUGGAGACCCUGCAGACCAGGCACUCCGUCAGCGAAAUGGCUUCGAACAAGUUCAAGAGAAUGCUGAACCGGGAGCUAACCCACCUAUCUGAAAUGAGCAGAUCAGGCAACCAGGUCUCAGAAUACAUAUCAAGCACUUUCUUAGACAAACAACAUGAAGUUGAAAUCCCGUCUCCAGCACAGAAGGAGAAAGAGAAAAAGAAGAGGCCGAUGUCCCAGAUCAGUGGAGUCAAAAAGCUCAUGCACAGCACCAGCCUAACUAAUUCUAGUAUUCCCCGAUUUGGAGUUAAAACAGAACAUGAAGAGAGUCUUGCCAAGGAACUAGAAGAUGUGAAUAAAUGGGGCCUCCAGGUUUUCAGAGUAGCUGAGUUAUCUGGAAACAGACCUUUGACAGUCAUCAUGCAUACCAUUUUUCAGGAACGGGACUUGCUAAAAACAUUCAAGAUUCCAGUGGAUACUUUAAUAACUUACUUAAUGACCCUUGAAGACCAUUACCAUUCAGAUGUGGCAUAUCACAACAACAUACAUGCUGCAGAUGUUGUUCAGUCAACCCAUGUCCUGCUUUCAACGCCAGCAUUAGAGGCAGUAUUCACUGAUUUGGAGGUUCUUGCAGCAAUUUUUGCGAGUGCGAUACAUGAUGUAGAUCAUCCCGGGGUUUCAAACCAGUUCCUUAUCAACACAAAUUCUGAACUUGCCUUGAUGUACAAUGACUCAUCGGUACUGGAGAAUCAUCACUUAGCUGUGGGCUUCAAGCUGCUGCAGGAAGAAAAUUGUGACAUUUUCCAGAAUUUGAGCAAAAAACAGAGGCAAUCAUUGAGGAAAAUGGUCAUUGACAUUGUACUUGCAACAGACAUGUCUAAGCAUAUGAAUCUGUUGGCUGAUUUAAAAACUAUGGUUGAAACCAAAAAAGUGACCAGUUCUGGUGUCCUACUUCUUGAUAACUAUUCAGACAGAAUUCAGGUUCUUCAGAAUAUGGUGCACUGUGCAGAUCUAAGCAAUCCAACUAAGCCACUUGAUCUCUACCGCCAAUGGACAGACAGAAUUAUGGAGGAAUUUUUUCGUCAGGGAGAUCGGGAAAGAGAGAGGGGAAUGGAGAUAAGUCCCAUGUGUGAUAAGCACAAUGCAUCUGUAGAAAAAACACAGGUGGGUUUUAUAGACUAUAUUGUUCAUCCUCUGUGGGAGACAUGGGCAGAUCUUGUUCACCCAGAUGCCCAGGAAAUCUUAGAUACACUGGAGGACAAUCGAGAAUGGUACCAGAGCACAAUCCCUCAAAGUCCUUCUCCUGCAGCUGAUGACCAGGAAGAAAGUAAGCAGACGCAAACUGAAAAAUUCCAGUUUGAACUAACACUGGAGGAAGAUGGUGAGUCAGACACAGAAAAGGACAGUGGAAGUCAAGUAGAAGAAGACACCAGCUGCAGUGACUCCAAGACUCUUUGCACCCAGGAUUCAGAAUCCACAGAAAUUCCUCUUGAUGAGCCAGUAGGGGAAGAAGUAGAAGAGGAGGAGAACCAGACAGAACCUUGUGUGGUAGAAGGCCAUACUCCUAACACGUAG